AACAGAUGCAACCCUUUCACAAAUGCACUACUCCAAGACAUAUGACCAGCUGCUUCUCACUCUUCCCCUAGAGCUGAGAGACAAUGCCAUUGAGUACAGAAAGCUCAAGAAACUUAUCCAUGACAUAGUCAGCGAGCUCGAAUCCAUUGGCCUCUCUCCCAGCAUUCUCCAGCAGCUUCUCCAGCAGCAGAAGAAUCCGGACUCAAAGGGCAAGGCGAAGGAAGCCUCAGCGCCAGUUGAGGCCGCGAACCCGCUGUACCCCAAAGUGGUCUACGAGUUUGCGACCGAUUCUGACCAUAUAGAACCCCGCUUGCAUUUCUGGAUACACUCAGAUGUGGACCAACAAUCUUCGCCGUCGUCGGAUGCAUGCUGCCAGCCAGUGAUGCAAGUGGACGAGUUUGCUACAGCAGGUACCCUGGUACGAGGAUGUCUAAACCCACAGAGCAACCUUUUGUACAUGCUCCAGCGAGGAUCCUCUAUAGUCAAUCGGGAAUCAGAUUUUGAUGAACCUGGAUCUGUCCUUGAUGGAGGGGCACAUGAUCUGAUAAUUAAUGUCACGGAAUCUGGAGCUCGGGAGCUCUUCGUCCCACUCAUCAAUGACACCGCAUUUUACCGCCUACUUUCCAGCGCUCUGCAAUCUAUUGCUGAUUACUUGAACACUGUACAGUCUGAAUUCACUGAGACGCUUAGUGCACUCUCUAGAGGGAUUUCUCAUUCUACCGGACCCCUUUCAUCUACGUCUUCUUUUCAGCCGCAUUCUCAGUCUGCAGAUGCAGGCGCCAUUCGAUCACCGUUCUUCGUCUCUUCUCGGACAUCUAAAUCUGACCUGUAUGCUUGGAGGGAAAUUUUCCGAAUAUAUGUCGAGACGGAGGUAUUCGAGAGCAUGAGUGAGCGGGAAAGAGGAGAGAGGACAGUCGAAGACUCGGAGACCCGGUUGAAGGCCUUUGCGGAGAGGGUUACUGGGCAGGGGCUUGGUGACGGGAGAACAUUGAAGUUGAAGGAAAGCAGAGCAGCGUUGGAUACAUUUCUCAGACUCAACAUCCUGUUGUUGAACUUGAAAAAGUUCCAACGUGCCAACGCCGAAGCCACCCGCAAGAUCCUCAAGAAGCAUGCAAAGCGCACAGCCCUGCCCCUUCCUUCUCUCACCGUCUCCCCCGAUCCGUCGCAAGUACCGUCUUCCACCUCUCUCGUUCUGCGAUACGACACCUCGGCGUUCUCCCUACCAGGCGUGGUGGACUCUAUGACCCUCGUCAUCCCAAGAAAUAUUGCAUCUCUUCCCCGGACGCUUGUGCAAGCUAUGAGCGAGACGCUCCUUCCGAUAAUACCUCAUGUGGACGACUACGCUUGUUUAAUCUGUACCAGUAUCGCGUUCAAGCCGAUACGGUUGUUCUGCGGUCACUUGUUCUGUGUUCGAUGUCUGGUCAAGAUGCAAAAGCGGGGUAAGGGCAACUGCCCGAUGUGCCGCGCACCGACUGUCUUACAGGCCGAUCGUUCAAAUGUCGAUUGGGCAUUACUCAACUUCAUGCAAGACUGGUUUCCCGAAGAGUCCAGAGAAAAACUGCGGCAGAACGAACGCGAAGCUGCCGAGGAAGAGAUGGAGGAGUUAGGUCUUCAUUCACAGGGUUGCGUGGUCUGUUGAUAAACUAUUUGCUUUAAUUCCCUCCUGUAUCUCUGAGUUUCCUUUCUUCUAUGCGUGGUUGACACAAAUACGUCACUUCAGCUCAAAUAUGUAUUUGAUGACCUUCCUCGCUCCAUACCCAUGUGUGUCGUACAUGAUUUGUCGUUUAUAUUGUU